AUGGCGAGUAGGAAGCUGAUUCGAGAUUUGCUUAUCACAAAGCAGCCUCUUUUCCGGCAAUUGACGCACCAACGGAGAGUGGGCGCAAGGCUAGGGUUUUUGCCGGCUAAUAAUGCGUAUGCGAUUCAUCGCCAGUUCAGCGUUUUCAGCGACCUGUCCAAGAAAAUUAGAGGCGAAGCUGAAAGCAAUCCUGAGUUUCAACGAACAGUCAAGGAGCUCAAGGAAAAGGCAGAAGGGUUACAAGGUGUAAAAGAGGACCUGAAAGUCAGAACAAAAGAAACGACUGAGCAGCUCUACAGGCAAGUCGACGGCGCCUGGACCGAAGCUGAAUCUGUAGCAAAAAAGGUCUCUUCAAGUGUGAAAGACACCUUCUCUGCAGCCACAGAAGAGGUCAAGGAGUCAUUCAAGCUCGGUAAGGAGGAGAAUGCGGAGUCGGCUAGUUCGUCAGGUGCAGGAACCUCUGAAGGAGAAAAACAGCAACAGGAGCAGCAGCAGCAGGAAUCAGGGACUAGUACUGAGGAGCAAAACACAUUAUUUGGAAAAUUGAAGUCAAGCAUUUCUUCAACAAAGGCGUUUCAGAGGCUCAAGGAAGCCAAGCCCCUUGAGAUAGCGAAGAAGGGGCUUGACAUUGUCAAGGAUGAAUUGCGUGGAACCUCUUCUAAAAAGAAGCACCUCGAGUUCACGCGUCCCCCGCCAUUUACUGGUGAGAGAAGUACAAGAACGGAGAUGGUGGUUACGCAAGCAAAACAGUCCAAGUGGCAACACAAAUGGGAAUCUUUUAGAGAAAAGAUGCAAGAUUAUCCCGUAUUUAAACGUAUAGGCGGGAUGAGUGAGCCUGUUGUUAACAAGAGCAAAGAGAUUGCAGAAGAUGUGAGGGAAAUAUGGGAAACCAGUGACAACCCGAUUGUUCACAAAAUUCAGGACAUGAAUGAUACAAUGCUCCAGGAAACAGGUUCUGCAGCAACUUACAAAGAGAUACGCUCCCGAGAUCCAUCCUUCUCCUUACCGGACUUUGCUGCAGAAGUUCAGGAAGCCAUCAGACCAGUCUUGGAAGCAUAUAGUAAGGGAGAUGGUAAGACCUUGAAGAAGUAUUGCGCCGAGGAAGUGAUUGAACAUUGCACGGCAGAGCGCGCAGCUCUCCAUAGUCAUGGUUUUUUCUACGACAACAAGAUUCUGCAUAUAUCGGAAGUUGAAAUUCUAGAGACAAAGAUGAUGGGACAUACUCCUGUAAUCAUCGUCAAGUUCCAAGUGCAACAAAUCCACUGUGUCCGGGACAAGGAUGGCAAAAUCAGAGAAGGAAGCCAGGACACAAUACACACGGUGUUCUACGCUUGGGCAAUGCAACAAGUGGAGGCAUCAGAGUUAGGGGAAGAAUCUAUUUAUCCCAUUUGGAGGCUCAGAGAGAUGCGCAUUAUUGGUGGUGUCCAAGCUCUCAUUUAG